AUGAACUGGGGGUGGUUUGAGGGGCUGCUCCGCGCUGUCAAUGUCUACUCCACAGCCUUCGGCCGCAUCUGGCUCUCCCUGGUCUUCAUCUUCCGCCUGCUGGUUUACCUGGUGGCAGCCGAGAAGGUCUGGAGCGAUGACCACAAGGACUUCGAGUGCAACACGCGGCAGCCGGGCUGCACCAACGUCUGCUUUGACCACUUCUUCCCCGUCUCCCACAUCCGCCUCUGGGCCCUGCAGCUCAUCCUGGUGACCUGCCCGUCCCUCCUGGUGCUCAUGCACGUGGCCUACAGGGAGGCCAAGGAGGAGAGGCUCCGUGAGAUCCAAGGGGACAAUUAUCGCCGCAUCUACCCCAACCCCGGCAAGAAGCGGGGCGGGCUCUGGUGGACGUAUCUGCUCAGCCUCAUCUUCAAGGCCGGCGUGGAUCUGGUUUUCCUCUACAUCUUCUUCCGCCUCUACAGGAACUACACCCUGCCCCGGCUGGUGAAGUGUGAGCUGCAGCCCUGCCCCAACAUUGUGGACUGCUUCAUCUCCCGGCCCACCGAGAAGAACAUCUUCACCCUCUUCAUGGUGGUCACCACCUGCGUCUGCGUGGUGCUGAACCUCAUCGAGGCCACCUACCUGAUCGGGAAGCGGUGCCACGAGUGCCUGGAGGUCAAAGGAGGGGACAGCAGGAGGAACAGCCACGACUGCCCCAUGUCCUGUGCCAACCCCGUGGGCACGGGCGGGCAGGGGUUCCAUGGGGCUGACUACAAACCCCCCACGGCCACCACCCCGCUCACAGCCUCCUGUCCCAGCACGCUGCCCAAGGAUGAGGCUGGUUCCUAG